AUGGCAUGCUCCAAAACCUACCCUGAGACUUGUUGGAAGACCUGCUCUGAAUCCAGCCCUGAGACUUACUCCACAAGCUGCUCAGAGACCUCUGAGAUCUGCCCCAAGCCUUGCUCCUUCACCUUCCCCGAGACUUGCAGGAAGACUUGCUCUGAGACCAGCUCUGACUCCUGCCUGAAGACCUGCCCUGAAACCUGUUCUACCCAAAGCUACCCAGAGACCUGCUAUGAGAGCUGCCCCAAGCACUGCUACUCCACCUGCCCUGAAAUCUGCCCUAAGCCUUCCUCGUUCACCUGCCCCAAGACCUGUCUGAAGACUUUCUCUGAGAGUAGCUCCAUAACUUGCCCUGAGACCUGCUCCAACACCUGCACCGCACCCUGUUCUUUCACCUGCCCUGAGACCUGUCUGAAAACUUGCUCUGAGACCUGUCCCAAGCCCUGUUCCUUUACCUGCCCCGAGACCUGUCUGAAAACUUGCUCUGAGACCUGUUCCAAGCCCAGUUCCUUCACCUGCCCUGAGACGUGUAUUAAAACCUCAUCUGACAUCUGCUCCAAGCCCUGUUCCUUCACCUGCCCUGAGACCUGUCCCAAGUCUUUUUCAAUCACCUGCCCCCAAACCUGCUCCGAGACCUGUCUGAAAACUUGCUCCGAUACAUGUCCCAAGCCCUGUUCCUUUACCUGCCCUGACACCUAUCUUAAAACUUGCUCUGAGACAUGCUCUGAGACCUGUCCCAAGCCCUGUUCCUUUACCUGCCCUGAGUCCUGUCUUAAAACGUACUCUGAGACCUGCUCUGAUACACUCUCCAAGUCCUGCUCCUUCAACAACCCCAAACCCUGCCCUGACAACUGUCUGAAGACCUGCUCUGAGACCUGCUCUACAACUUGUUCUGAGACCUGCUCCAAGCCCUGUUCAUUCACCUUCCCUGAUACUUGUCCGAAGACUUGCCCGGAACCCUGCACCUCAAGCUGCCCAGAAACCUCAUCUGAAACCUGCCCCAAGCCUUGCCCCAUCUCCAACCCCAAGUCCUGCUUUAGCACCUUCUCCAAUAGCUGUUCCGUGUCUUCAGUGACCGUUCCUCGUCAUUGUAGAACAGUUACAACAAAAGCCCACAGUGUAUAUGGUUGCGGUGUUGGAGGAAGGACCCGCAUCUCUUCUUGCUCCUAUCGUCCAAAUACUUGCUCCCCAUGUCCAUUAUACAAACUUGAUGGAUUCGGUGAAAGAUUUGGUGCUAGAAUCAUGGCUGGAGGGUGUUAUGGCAGGGAUUAUGACUAUCACCAGUUGAAUGAGAAGGCCACCAUGCAAAACCUGAACGAUCGUCUGGCGUCCUACCUGGAUAAGGUGCACUUUUUAGAGGCUGCCAAUGCCACUCUGGAGAAGCAGAUCUGUGAUUACUUUGAGAAGAAAGACCCAAUCUGUCAGAAAGACUACAGCUGCUACCUGAAAACCAUUGACUGCCUUCAGAAAAAGAUUAAAGAUGCUACAAUCACCAAUGGCAAAAUCCUACUCCGAAUCGACAACUCUAAACUGGCUGCUGAUGACUUCAGGAUAAAGUAUGAGAAUGAGCUGUCAAUACAUCAGUGUGUGAAGGCUGAUAUUGAUAACCUGCGAUGCAUACUUGAUAAGACAUGCCUGGCAAAGGCCGACCUGGAGUUGCAGAUCUGCACUUUGGAGGAGGAACUUGUGUAUUUGAGAAAAACUCACCAAGAGGAUGUGGCGGCACUAAUGUGUCAGUUGACAAACUCAAAGGUGUGUGUUGAAGUGGACGCCGCUCCUCAGCAAGACCUCAAAAAGGUUUUGGAUGACAUCCGUUGUUAUUAUGACACCAUCAUAGACAAACACUGCACAGAACAGGAGUGCUGGUUCAAAGAGAAGAUGGCAGGUCUAUGUAAAGAUACUGCAAUCAACACAGAGUGCCUGGAAACCUCCAUGUCACGUAUUUCUGAUUUACGACGCACAUUGCAGAGUCUGGAGAUCGAGCUACAGUCUCAAAUCAGCCUGAAAGGAGCUCUGGAGUGUUCACUGCUGGAAACAGAGGCGCGUUACAGCACUAUGCUAGCAGGCUAUCAGAAACACAUCAACGCAUAUGAGGCAGAGCUCUGUCAGGUUCGCGCUGGCAUUGAGCAGCAGGGCAGAGAUUAUGAUGCCCUGCUGGACAUCAAGAGCCGCCUGGAGCAGGAGAUCGCCACCUACAGGUGCCUCCUGGAAAACCAGGCCUCUCAGUGCUGAAAUUAGGUCAUCACAAUCUGUCUCUCCCUCAGUCUAGAUCACAUAAAACAUUUUAACACAUUUACCCUCUAUUUAUAUGGUCGAACUGCAGUUUUAAGUUCCAGCACUUCAUUAUCAUUCUGAUAGAGUUGUGAUGUGUGUUUCAUAUUAAAAAUCAG